AUGAAACAGUACCUAUUUCAGAAGUUUAGUGAUGAAUUUCAACCCUUGAGCACUGAAGGAGAAAAGAUCACUGCUUCUUGUUCAGGUCUCGCCAAUACAACUUCACAAUCUUCAAGUGAAAAAGAUGCAAGACCUGCUCCAGAUGCAAACUUUAAUACAUUCUUAUCUUUUGGUUCUUUUUUUGCUCAAGAAAGAAGAGAUAAGCAAAUUAGGCAUCAGCAGCUAAAAGAGAAAAUGCUCGUGAUGAAGAAUUCAGAUGAAAAUGUUCUGGGUGAUCACCCUGAAAUGUUCUUCAGGGAAACUUGGAAGAAGUUCACAAACAAAUAUGGUGAUCGUUCUUUCAUCAUCAUGUAG